AUGAUGGAGAAACUCAUGAGAUUGAAACCUUUCCUUAACUUCACUCAGUGUGACAACGAAACUGUCAACAAACUGCUUAAUAUGAGUGUCACUGCCAAUGUCAACUUGAUUCCUAAACAUACGAAUGACACAGAGUCACUCGAGCAGUUUUGUAAAGACACAAUGAUCACCAUAUGGCACUAUCAUGGUGGAUGCCACGUUGGCAAGGUGGUGAACAAUGAUUAUGAGGUUAUGGGUGUGCAUAAGCUUCGAGUCAUCGAUGGGUCCACUUUUGAGCAAUCCCUUGGCACCAAUCGUCAAGCGACUGUUAUGAUGAUUGGAAGGUACAUGGGAGUGAAGAUUUUAAUUAAGAGAAAGGUUACGAAAAGAAGGAUCGUGAAAAUAAAUUAAUGCAAUGUGGAAUGGUGAUCGUGAUGCUGAUGUUAUUUUAAUUUUGUGAAAAUUAAUUAAGAUAGAAAUUCUUUGCAAGGAUUAGGCAUCAAACAUUUAGUUUGAUGGUAUUUGAAUCGGUCUUUUAGACAUUAUACCUUUAAGAUAACAACUUCAAAUCCCCUAUUUGCAUUCUUUGUGAGAGAUGUAGAAUAUAUAUUAACUCUGAGACUUUUAAUUCUCCACUCCUAUUGUAUUCUAAGUGCUUUUGAUAUUUAAGUUGGGUACCAAGUUUG